GCUCGAGGAACAGAGCAGGUAGAGGAAGUGUUUCCUGGGGUUCUCUAGUUGCAGCAAGUGUCUCUACAGCUGAAUGGAAGACGACAACUUCUAAGCAGCAUUUUCUUACUUGCAGAAAGGAGUCCAAGUGAAGAUAGCAAGAUGGCCUCCACCUGGCUUCGCUCUCUGUGUCUUCUCACACUUUAUUUGACAUGUGGGUAUGGCCAAGAUGGGAAGUUCAGCGGUCCCCUGAAGCCCAUGACGUUCUCUAUUUUUGAAGGCCAAGAGCCCAGUCAAGUCAUAUUCCAGUUUAAGGCCAACAGCCCAGCAGUGAGGUUUGAACUAACAGGGGAGACGGAUGGCAUCUUCAUGAUAGAAGACAAUGGGCUUCUGUAUUACACCCGUACCCUGGACAGAGAAACAAGGGUCGUGCAUCAUCUGCAGCUUGCAGCCCUGAAUUCUCAAGGAGGUGUAGUGGAAGGCCCAGUCCCCAUCACCAUAGAAGUCAAGGAUGUCAACGACAACCGGCCCACGUUUCUCCAGUCAAGAUAUGAAGGCUCAGUGAGGCAGAACUCUCGCCCAGGAAAGCCUUUCAUGUAUGUCAAUGCUACAGACCUGGAUGAUCCAGCUACUCUCAAUGGCCAGCUUUUUUAUCAAAUUGUCAUCCAGCUUCCCUCAGUCAACAAUGUUAGGUACUUUCAGAUCAACAACAAAACCGGGGGGAUAUCACUUACCCGAGAAGGAUCCCAGGAACUGGAUCCAGUUAAGAAUGCUUUCUACAACCUGGUGGUCUCAGUGAAGGACAUGGGGGGCCAGAGUGAGAAUUCCUUCAGUGACACCACAUCUGUGGAUAUUACCGUGAGGGAGAACAUCUGGAAAGCGCCAGAGCCCGUGGAGAUUACAGAAAACUCAACUGAUCCUCACCCCAUCAAAAUCACCCAGGUGCAGUGGAAUGACCCAGGUGCCUACUAUUCCUUAGUCAACAAGGAGAAGCUGCCACAAUUCCCCUUCUCUAUUGACCAGGAAGGAAAUAUUUAUGUGACUCAGCCCUUGGACCGAGAGGAAAAGGACUCACACGUUUUCUUUGCAACUGCCAAAGACGAGAGUGGAAAACUACUGGCUUUCCCACUGGAUAUUCAGGUGAAAGUUAUUGACAUUAAUGACAACCCGCCAACAUGCCCAUCUGAAGUGACUGUGUUCGAAGUCCAGGAGAAUGAAGCACUGGGUAGCAACAUCGGGCUCUUUACUGCCCACGACAUGGAUGAAGCGAACACCGUCAACAGUAUUUUGAAGUACAAGCUUGUAGACCAAACCCCCAAAAUUCCCUCAGAUGGACUCUUUCUCAUUCAAGAGUAUGAGGGAAAGGUCCAGUUAGGCAAACACUCCCUGAAGAAGCAAGACAAUCCUCAGUACAACUUGACAGUCGAAGUGGCUGACAGAGAUUUCAAGACCCUCUGUUCUGUGCAAGUCAACGUUAUUGAUAUCAACGAUCAGAUCCCCAUCUUUGAAGUAUCAGAUUAUGGAAACAUGACUCUCUCUGAAGACGCGGCUGUUGGAUCCACCAUCUUAGUCAUCCAAGCCACAGAUGGGGAUGAGCCCCUUACCGGCAGUUCUAAAAUCCUGUACAAGGUUGUCCAGGGAGACCCCGAGGGGCGACUGGAAGUCACCACAGAUCCCCAGACCAAUGCAGGAUACGUCAAGAUCAAAAAGCCUCUUGAUUUUGAAACUGAACCAGUUACCAGCAUUGUGUUCAAAGCAGAAAACCCCGAACCACUGGUGGACAAUGUACAGUACAAUGCUAGUUCCUUUGCCUCGUUCAAGCUGAUUGUGACGGACGUGAAUGAAGCACCUGUGUUUCCCCAACGUAUAUUCCUAGCAAAAGUCAGAGAGGAUGCUGCCAUAGGCACUAAAGUGGGCAAUGUGACUGCCAGAGACCCCGAAAGCCUGGCUGUGAGUUACUCACUGAGUGGCGAUAAGAGAGGUUGGCUUAAAAUCGACUCUGUCACCGGGGAGAUAUUUAGCGCGGCUCCGCUGGACAGGGAAACAGAAAGUGUAUAUCGGGUACAAGUGGAGGCCACUGAAAUAGCUGGGUCCUCCUUGAGCACCACGGCAGAGUUCCACCUGGCCCUCACAGAUGUGAAUGACAACCCCCCACGCCUAGCCAAGGAGUACACAGGCCUGUUCUUCUGCCACCCCCUCAGUGCCCCCCAGAGUCUCGUCUUUGAGGCCACUGAUGAUGACCAGCUGUCAUCUUGGAGACCCCAGUUCACGUUUGCCCUCGGCAGUGCAAGCCUGCAGAAUGACUGGGAAGUUUCCAAAAUCAAUGGCACACAUGCUAGACUCUCCACCAAGCACACAGGCUUUGAGGAACGAGUUUAUGAAAUCCCAAUCCUCCUCAGUGAUGGGGGACAGCCACCCAUGGAAGGCACUGUUUCCUUAUCAGUUACAUUCUGCCAGUGUGUGGAAGGAAGCUGUUUCCGGCCAGCAGGUAGCCAUGAUGGGAUACCCACGGUGGGCAUGGCAGUUGGUAUACUUCUGACUACCUUUCUAGUCAUUGGUACAAUUUUAGCAGUCGUGUUCAUCCGAAUAAAGAAAGAUAAAGGAAAUGAUAACGUUGAAAAUCCCAAGUCCCCUGAAACUAAACCCCUGAGAAGCUGAAUUUGAGAAGAAGUGGUCAAGAUUAUACACCAAGUCCUACAUCAGUGCCGUGGCUGUUUAAUUUCACCCAAAAUGUGAACUAUAAUUGGUGGAGUUUAUGCAUCAUGUGCUAUAUUAAGGCCCCAGCUGUCUAAUCUCACAAUUUUAUCCAAAAUGUGAACUAUAAUUUCUUUGAUAGCCACUCUUGUCCUGUAAUAUUUUAUACUACUUUGAUAUUUUAUGUACUGUAGACAUUAGACUUAUUUUCCAUUUUCCCAUGACAUUUUCCUCUUCCACAAAAGCCCCUUAGCUACAUAAUCUAAACUUUCUGCUCUGGGACAGAUGAAUUGAUUAUGCUUCCUGUACGCUGUUGCUUUAGAGACCACCAGUUACCCAUCACAAACUUCCCAGACUCCAUGUCUUCUUCGUCUGUUCCGCUGUGUCCCUUCAUCUUUUGGUGUUACGCUGAAUUAGAAUAUGUCACACAGGAGAGCAAAGUGAAGCCUCAGGGGAAAAAAAGUGGGCAGCUUUGUUCCUCAGCAUAAUCGGCUUUUCUGUGUUACUAACCAUCUUUAAUGGAGGUCCUCCAACUUGGCAAUGGCGCAGAACCUGAGGAGGUACCGAACACAGUCACUCUGUUUCCAGAGAGACUGAGAUUGACCUCAUAAACUCAGGCAUAGGAACUGACGAGCAGUCUGGGUUUGCUCAUUAUUACAUGCUUACAUGCAUGCUGCACGUGUUUUAUUUGUAUAUUGAAGUUUUGUUAUAUAUUUAUCAUGUGGAGGGAACAAGAAAGCAUGGAAGUGGUGAGGAAUAUCAGAAAUAAAUGUUGGUUUCUUUUGUUUUUA